AUGAGCCAGGGACCAUGGGUGGGAACAUGGAGGCCUCAUUGUCCAAGAGGUCCAGUCAUGGCCCAGUAUACCAGUCCUGGGCCCAAGUACUAUGUACAAGGAGCAACAGGUUUUGUGUCACACCUUCCAACCAAAUGGAAAGCCCCUGCCUACAGUAUGCAUGGAUCAAAACCUUUACUCAACAAAGACUGCACUCCAGGUCCUUACCAUGUGCAGUCCUCUAUGACUUAUCGGGGGAGGAAAACUGCUCCAGCUUACACAAUGGCUGGGCGCCCCAGAGUAAAAGUGGAGACAACACCUGGCCCUGCCUCUUAUUCACCAGAGAAGUCACAAAAAAUUGUCUAUAAAAACGCUCCUAGGCAUUCCAUGUCAUUCAGGAUUGAAGGUGCCAAAGUUGACAGCACUCCAGGUCCUAAUGCAUACAUGAUCCCUCAGGUGCUUGGACCAUACACAGUGACCACAACUGCCAGCCCUGGCUAUACUAUGAUGGGGAAGAAUAAACUUGGGUGUUUUCAUGAAGACCUCCAUAAGACCCCAGGCCCUGCUGCAUAUGUAAACCCAGACACAGAGCUUUACAAAAAGAGAGCACCAAAGUACUCCAUGGGGUCCCGAACGAAGACUUCAGCAAACAAAAUGGGACCUGGACCUGCAGACUAUGAAGUAGGAAAGAUAUCAUCGACCAAAUCCUGUGCUCCAGUUGUUUCCUUUGGAAUCAGACACUCUGAUUACACAGCACCUCUUAUUGUGGAUGUCUACUGA